CGAGUGAGGAAGAACUCCGAAGGGAAGGACUGGCGUGUGAGCUCCACUGUCAUUUGGACCCUGUUACCUGAACAGUUACUUUACCCGCAGAACACAAUGGCUGAAGCAGACAUCGCACUCAUCGGUCUGGCUGUCAUGGGCCAGAACCUCAUCAUGAACAUGAACGACCACGGCUUCGUGGUCUGCGCCUACAACCGCACCGUGUCCAAGGUGCACGACUUCCUGAAGAACGAGGCCAAGGGCUCCAAAGUGAUCGGAGCCGAGUCCCUGGAGGACAUGGUGGCCAAGCUGAAGAAGCCCAGGAGGAUCAUCCUGCUGGUCAAGGCUGGACAGGCUGUCGAUGACUUUAUCGACAAACUGGUUCCCCUCCUGGAAGCCGGAGAUAUCAUCAUCGAUGGGGGCAACUCUGAAUACAGAGACACAACACGGCGGUGUAAGAGUCUGAAAGAGAAGGGCUUGCUGUUUGUUGGCAGCGGAGUCAGUGGUGGAGAGGAGGGUGCACGUUAUGGACCCUCACUGAUGCCGGGUGGACAUAAAGAGGCCUGGCCACACAUAAAAGACAUCUUCCAGAGCAUCGCUGCCAAGGUGGGAACAGGAGAGCCUUGCUGUGACUGGGUUGGAGACGAGGGCGCGGGUCAUUUUGUGAAAAUGGUCCAUAACGGUAUCGAGUACGGAGACAUGCAGCUGAUCUGUGAGGCCUAUCACCUGAUGAAGGAUGUUCUGGGUAUGGACCAUGAUGAGAUGGCAAAGGCUUUUGACAGCUGGAACAAAACAGAGCUGGACUCCUUCCUGAUUGAGAUCACAGCCAACAUCCUCAAGUACAAGGACUCUGAUGGAACACAUCUGCUGCCCAAGAUCCGAGACAGCGCCGGACAGAAGGGAACAGGGAAGUGGACGGCCAUUUCAGCCCUGGAGUACGGCACACCUGUCACUCUGAUCGGGGAGGCUGUCUUUGCCAGAUGCCUGUCCUCUCUGAAGGAUGAGCGAGUGGAGGCCAGCCGCAGCCUCUCGGGCCCACAGGGGGUCAAAUUCAGCGGCGACAAGGCUGCCUUCCUGGAGGACAUUAGAAAGGCCCUCUAUGCCUCCAAGAUCAUUUCCUACGCUCAGGGCUUCAUGCUGCUGCGACAGGCGGCCAAAGAGUUCGGCUGGACGCUCAACUAUGGCGCGAUCGCACUGAUGUGGAGAGGAGGCUGCAUCAUCCGAAGUGUGUUCCUGGGUAAAAUCAAAGAGGCUUUUGACAGGGACGGCGAGCUGCAGAACUUGCUGCUGGACAAUUUCUUUAGAGACGCUGUGCAAGACUGUCAGGCGUCGUGGCGCAGAACAGUGAGCACCGGAGUCCAGCACGGCAUCCCCAUGCCCUGCUUCACCACCGCUCUGUCCUUCUACGACGGCUACAGACACGACAAGCUGCCUGCCAACCUCCUCCAGGCUCAGAGGGAUUACUUUGGAGCUCACACAUACGAGCUGCUGUCCAACCCCGGUCACUUCAUCCACACCAACUGGACAGGCCUCGGUGGAAACGUCUCCUCUUCGUCCUACAACGCGUGAGGACCCAAAAACACAAACAAGACGGAAGGACGAGGGGGGAGCUACCUGUGAGAGAAGACGACACAUUCCACCUUUAAGACCACGACUGAACACUUGCCACCGACCAACACCCUCAUCCAACUUUUUACUCCUCUCAGAGAUUCGAUGCAGUUUUAUUUAUCAAAAAGUGGAAUCAUAGAUUGUGUGUGCUGUAAACUCUCUUCCCCCCCAGGUGUGUGUUUUGAUGUAGCGACAGUCACGAGAGGGGGAGCAGCACAAUGAUGCUAUCGAGCUAAUGGUCACCUGUCACACUGGGCCCGGGGUUCACAGUGUUAACACUGGAUUAAGGUGAACUGUUGCACUGUGCUGUAUUAGGCUAAAUAAAGAUUUCAAUCCCUUUAUAAUUA